CGACGCUAUUACGUAUGUACGUCAAAACUCCUCUCCCACAACGUGAUGACGUAAGGCGCGCGGCCGAACCUUCUAUCCUUCGGCGGACAUUGACUUCGGUUACCGACGGCCGUCAUGGUUCCCCCGGUGCAGGUGUCGCCCUUAAUCAAGAUGGCUAGAUACUCAGCAUUGCUGGUUGGUAUCUUUUAUGGCAAAAAGCGAUAUGAUUAUUUGAAGCCUAUUGCAGAAGAGGAGAGAAGAAUAGAGGCAGAAGAAAAAAAGAAGAGAGAAGAACUUGAACGUAUUGCAAAACAACUAGCAGAAGCAAAUGAAGACACUAUUUUGAAAUGAUUGAACCCAUUGAAAGAAUGAAGAAUAUGUCAAGUGAUCUUCUGUUUUCCUAGUAUGGACUAAUCAAGAGUAUCUAUUCAAGACAACUUUCUGGUGCAUUUUUCCACCAUCCCAAUGUGAGAAUAAAUUCUUUUGAACGUUAUGUAGUCUUUUAAGUUUAUUGCUUUCAAAUUGUGGAACAUGUGAUUUAGAGGGUAUUGCUAAAUGUGUGCUUUUGAAUUUUAAAAACGUUAACAGUUCACGUAUAAUUUGUUGUGUCUGUAUAAAUUGUGUAAGAGUCUAAUUUUUUUUUUGACAGUUUGUUGUUCCGAUCCCCUGAACUCUUGAAUAUAGACCAAUAUAUGCUGUUGAAGCAAAGCUUCUGAGGAAAAAAAAUAAAAUAAUUUACUUUG